AUGAAGAAUUCUACCACCACCACCGCGACCAUUGAAGCCUUAAAAAAAAUAUUCACCAUAGAAGGACUGCCGGAAACUUUGGUGUCGGAUAACGGGCCACAAUUCGCAUCAUCAGACUUUACUAAUUUUUGCAAAAAGAACGGAAUCCAGUAUUUAGGGACCGCACCAUUUCAACCUGCCUCAAACGGUGAAGCCGAACGAUUUGUCCGCACGUUCAAAAACCAUUUCAAGAAAAUCUUCAAUGAGAACCCCAACAAAGACAUAGCCUUAUUCCAAUGCCUAUCAACUUAUUGCACCACCCCAAAUCCAAAAACGGGAAAAUCACCUGCUGAAUUGUUGUACGGAAGACUGAUUCCAGAACAUCAUUCGAAUACUACUACUACAUCGUCACAAACUCUACCAAACAAGUUCAAAACCAACGAAGCUGUAUAUGCCAGAAACUUUGCAAAAGGUCAUCGUUGGAUAGAAGCCACUAUUAUCAAGCCUAUAGGAACCAAGAUGUACUUAGUUAAAACGAAUCGUGGAUUGUGGAAGUGUCACCAAAAUCAGCUCAAAUUAAGAAGUGAAGCAACUGAUUCCUAG